AUGCUUGAAACUACUGGCAUUAUUGGUAUAGAGCCUUUUCCAAAAGGUAAGUGCCUAAGAAAUUUGUUCACCGUGACUAACCCAUCAUCAGAAAAUGAUGCUGAUUCAUCAAACACUACUGUCCAGUGUUCAUUACCCUCAAAGAAUCCCUCGCCCUUCAGUGGAGCCUUGAGCCAUGCUUUUGCGAUCAAGUUGGAUUAUAAUAAUCAUCUUCUUCAGAAAUCAAUGAUUCUCCCAGUUUUUAGAGGCCAAAAGUUGGAUGGCAAUCUUCUUGGCAGGAAACCUCUCCCCAACUUGAGCAGCACUGCAGCAGCCUUUAUUGCCACUUCUGAGUCGUUGGUGACUCCUCAUGGUAAUGGUGCGAGGAAUCACUUAACCUCAGAUUCAGACAAUCUUGCCUUGAAAUCCGACUAUUAUGGUAAAGAACAACUCACCGUUGAUGUGAUUGUUUAUAUGAAUUCUUUGUGGGCAUGGAAGGCAAAGGUUGUUGAAGCCAAGACUCGGAUGGGGAUAUUCAGUAGCUCUCUUAUGAUCAGUAGUUCUCUUAAUGGAGAAGAAAGAAACCGUUCUCCUAACCCAGAUCAUGAAGAAUGGAUUGUGACUAAUCAGCUGUUAAUGGGAUGGCUUCUGGGAUCCGUUUCAGAACCUCUACUCACCAAAUUAAAUGCAAUGAGUGCUCUUUCACAAACUUCAGCUAAUCUAUUCUCUGCAAACAAAUUCAACGCUAAGAACAAUGAACUACAAGGACAACAUCCACAGGAACAAAUGCAGGGACAUAGGGGCGUUUUCCAAGUACAGGAGGUUCUCGUGGUAAAGGAGGCUGAGGAAAUCCUGAAUCAAGUCCCACUUGUCACUGUGUGA